AUCCAAUUUGUACCCCCGCCGUGAUCCAUGGUUCAUUUCAUAUCCCCCCUAUAUAUCCUCUCCUCUCUCGCUCGAGAAAGAAAGAAAGGAAGGAAGGACCUCUUUUAGUUCCGCUGCCUCAAGGAAAAUGGCGACCACUUCAUCCUCCAUUAAUGGACCUCUUAACAUCUCCAUGUUCAGUUUGAACAAUGGAAGUGGGGGAACUUCAGUUCCGUGCCCGGCUUUCUUCAGAGAGGGCCCAAAGAAAACAAGAAUCCAUAGAGCUGGCAAUGGCAUCCCGGAGAUUUGUUGCAGGCGGUUGAUUGUUGCAGCACAGGCACCAGAAGCAGCUGAACCUGAGACCGAUGAGAAGAAACAGAGUGAUAAGGACAAAUGGAAGGCCCUUGCGGAGGACAUAUCCGAUGAUCAACAGGACAUUGCCCGAGGAAAGGGAAUGGUUGACACUCUUUUCCAGGCUCCUCAGGGUGCUGGCACUCACCAUGCUGUCCUCAGCUCUUACGAAUACAUCAGUCAUGGCAUUCGCCAAUACUCGGCAUUUGAUAACACAGUAGAUGGAUAUUACAUUGCCCCCGGUUUCAUGGACAAGCUUGUUCUCCACAUCACCAAGAACUUUGUGAAACUGCCCAACAUUAAGGUUCCUCUCAUCUUGGGUAUAUGGGGAGGCAAAGGUCAAGGAAAGUCUUUUCAGUGCGAGCUUGUCUUUAGGAAAAUGGGAAUCAACCCUAUAAUGAUGAGUGCUGGAGAACUGGAAAGUGGAAAUGCUGGUGAGCCGGCUAAGUUAAUAAGGCAAAGGUACCGUGAGGCAGCAGAAAUAAUCCGGAAGGGCGACAUGUGUGUCCUGUUCAUCAAUGACCUUGAUGCAGGAGCAGGCAGGAUAGGCAGCACGACACAGUACACAGUCAACAACCAAAUGGUGAAUGCCACACUUAUGAACAUAGCUGAUAACCCAACCAAUGUCCAGCUUCCAGGCAUGUACAACAAGCAGGAGAACGCACGCGUCCCCAUAAUAGUCACUGGCAAUGAUUUCUCCACACUUUACGCCCCUCUCAUUCGUGAUGGUCGCAUGGAGAAGUUCUACUGGGCCCCAACUAGGGCAGACCGGAUCGGUGUUUGCAAGGGUAUAUUCCGGACUGACAAUAUUCCUGAUGACCACAUCGUUAAGCUUGUCGACACCUUCCCUGGGCAAUCAAUAGAUUUUUUUGGUGCCCUAAGGGCAAGAGUGUAUGAUGAUGAAGUGAGGAGGUUUAUCCAGGCCAUUGGUAUAGAAAGUGUAAACGAGAGACUUCUGAACUCUCGAGAUGGACCCCCAAGUUUCGAGCAGCCAAAGAUGACCCUCGAGAAGCUGCUUGAAUAUGGAAACAUGCUUGUACACGAGCAAGAGAAUGUUAAGAGAGUUCAAUUAGCCGAGAAGUACCUAAGAGAGGCUGCCCUUGGAGAUGCAAACGACAUGCUACGUGAAAAUAAAUCAAACCUCUAACCAUCCAAGAUUAUGUAAGAAAAUAUAUACAAUGUUCUUACAACUUAAAUGCCACUCCCUCUGUCACAUAAUUAUCUUCCAUCUUUCACUUUUUCCAUCCGUUUGAAAAUUAUUAUCACUAUCUUUUCGAAAAAAUUAUUCUCUGGUUGAUACUGUUUCUCUAUUCUUUGCAUCAAUCUCAACCAAACAGUUUCACUUUAUUAAAAAUGUGUAAAGUCAGAAUCAAAGAUGAAUAUGGGAUGAAGGGAGUAAUACAAUUGGUACUAUACUAGGAGAAUAAAGAGCAGAAUGGACAAUCAAAAUUACAAUACUCAAUAUAAAAUUACCAUAAGGAAAACUACAAGAGGAGAAUAAGAUUAUGCUUUGGAUGCCAUAAAGGACCUUAAAUAUCAGAAGGUUUGCAUUACUGCUCUUUUUUUGCAGGUUCUGAAGAAUAAAAGAUUUGGCAAAUAUUGCAGCCACAUCUCAAAACCAAUGAUUCUUAUGUCAUUAUGCUGGGCCUGCAUUGUGUGAAAACGCCAAUCGCGGUUGUGGUUAGCAGCUCUUUAUCCCCGAAUCUUGUGGGGUCCAAU